AUGGACUCCCAGACUCCCCAUAUCCUAGCCACCGAGCUUCUCAACGUCGAGCGGAACGAACUCUUGAAUGAGCUUGACAAGCUCUUCAACGAAGAAGACGUCUCUCGUGAGCUCUGGGCGUUUCUCUGGAUCUCGGACAUAGACAACUUGAAGAAGAUUGUUUAUGAAAUGAAAACUGAUCCUCGCCUGAGAGGCGACUAUGAGCUUAGCAUUGAGCGAACGUUGGUAGUAAAAAAUUGGCUCCAAAAGAGCCGUUCAUCUUCUACAAUGUCAACGCCCACCGGUUCGCAGAAAUCGUCACCCGCCAGAUUACCAUCACGUAGUCCAGGCGGACUCAAACGCAAACUGGGUGGUGAACUGAUCGAAGCUAGAUCAAAAUCUGAGGCUGAGAAUUGCUGCAAACGUGACAACGAACAAUGCAUAAUCACCAAGGCCGGAGCUCCCGUUGAAGCCGCCCAUAUCUUCCCAUUCUCGAUGCGCCAUCUCAAGUCUGACGAUGCAGUUGGCAAGUAUUAUAACAUCUGGAAAACUCUAAAAUUCUUCUGGCCAGAAGAAACAGUAAAUGCAUGGUUCGAAGCAGUUAGAGAAACCACGGAAACACCGCGCAAUUUGCUUUGUCUUUCUCCAAGCGCUCACAGCUACCACGGAAAGUCAUACUUUGCCUUGAAACCGAUCGAAAUGAACGAGGACCAGACGGAGCUUACCCUCCAGUUUUUCUGGCUACCGCGUGCAAAUAAUCCCCCGAUGAUGAGGCUAUCUACGCGACCUAACUUGCCUUCAAUUGGGGAUGUUAGAGACGUUGGUGACGAAGGAUCCAAUAAAGUUAAAUUGUUUAACGUCUACACCGACAAGCCUAUUUUCAGCGGCGACCUUAUCUUAAUGAAGACCGCGAAUCCUGAAGAACUGCCGCUGCCAGAUGUUGCACUACUUGAAAUGCAAUGGGUGCUCAACGUUGUUGCUGCCAUGUCUGCUGGAGACGAACCCACUGAUACCGAUUACUCCGAUGAUGAUGACUACCUCGACCCUAUUAUGGACGAGACUAUGUCACAAAUUUCACUUUCACCUCCCCGUUGCUUGAAGUCUCAGAAGCUCGAGGGUGAGCAUCUUUACGACAGCACCCAGCCGUCCCUAACCACCCUCUAAUCUUGAUCCAACUUU